ACGUGCCCGAGGUGGGAGGGUUCAUCUCCACACCGUCGGCUCCUCGACUGACCUCAGAUGAAAUUAUUCGCAUGCGUAAUGAACUCUUCACCAAAGAGAAAGAGAGACAGUUAUCUCUUUAUCCACGAAUUGAGAAGAUUGAAGUAAAAUACACUGGAAAAUCUCACCCCGGCAGUGUUUUUAUAAUGAACAAAGCUUUGUCUACUCCAUACAAUUGUGCCAUGCACUUAAGUGAAUGGCAUUGUGAGAAAUCAGUACUAGCUCUUGUGGAUGGCGAAGUUUGGGAUAUGUAUAGACCCUUGACCAAAUCAUGUGAAAUUCAGUUCCUUACUUUCAAAGAUGAAGAUCCAGACGAAGUAAACAAGGCCUAUUGGCGUUCCUGUGCCAUGAUCAUGGCAUGUGUGUUAAAACGAGCUUUCAAAGAUGAGUACUCAGUGAAUCUGAUUAAAGCUCCAGAAGUACCAGUUAUCUCUGGAGCUUUCUGCUAUGAUGUAGUUUUGGACAGUAGACUCAAUGACUGGAAACCAACAAAGGACAACUUCCGUUCUCUUACAAGGGAUGCCAGUAAGCUAAUUCAUAAAGAUCUGCCAUUUGAAGCACUGCACGUUGAAGCAAAAGUAGCAUGUGAAAUGUUUCAGCAUAACAGAUACAAAAUGGAGAUGAUAAAAGAGAAAGCUUCACAGAACACUGAAGGAAUUGUAAUGUUACAUAGGUUUGGAGACUUUGUAGAUGUUAGUGAAGGCCCUCACAUUCCAAGGACAAGUUUCUGUUACGAGUAUGAGAUAACAGCAGCCCAUAAUCUUCAGACUAACCAAUCUGAAAUGAUAAGGAGGUUCCAGGGUGUGUCCUUGCCAAUCCAUUUAAAGGCUCACCACACUGUGUGGCACAAAUUGCUGGAAAGGUCUAAGAGACUGGUCACUGAAGAAAGAUACUUGGAAGCAGGAGGAGAUAGUGUGACGAAAGAUGGAACUGAAGAGGGAAAAACUGUAUCUAUCUAAAUUAACUUUAAUCCCUAAAUGUACAUAAUAAAAUGUUUUUUUUUUU